UCCCAUCCUCCUACCAAUCACCUUCCGCCACGUGUCCCGGCACCGCCCUCACUUCCUCCGGCCAGUGCAAACAGUUACAGUUCUUCCAAAAUGAUCUGGACCGUCCAUUUCCAUCUGAUCAUCAUCUUCUCCGCCACCGCCCUAUCACCGUCGAUUCAGCAAACCCUAGCCGACCUCGACCUCGUGCGGCGGUCCUGCGCCAACGCCACCUAUCCUGAGAUCUGCCUCCACACGCUCUCCGCCGCCGGCGCCAACGCCAGAACGCCGCGCGAGCUCGCCCAAUCGGCCGUCGGAGUCAGCCUCGGCUGCGCGCGCCGAGCCUCCGGCUUCCUCGCCGGAAUAAAAGCCAACGGAAAAGGAGAAGAAGGCGCGCUUCGAGAUUGCUUGGAGCAGAUGGCGGAUUCCGUCGAGGAUCUGCGGAAAACACUGUCGGCGCUGGAAUUGCUCAGCCCCGGCGGCGGAGGCUCGGAUUUCCGGUGGCGGAUGAGCAACGCGGAGACGUGGGUGAGCGGCGCCCUGGCGAAUGAGGACACGUGUCUGGACGGAUUUAAGGAGAUCGACGGCAGAGUCCGGUCGGACGUCCGGCGGAGGAUAACGAACGUGGCUAGGGUUACAAGCAACGCUCUUUAUCUCAUAAAUCUUCUAGAACAUUCUCCAUGAUUCACGAACAUGAUGAACGCCAUUGUAUUUAUUAUUUAUUAUUAUAGGAAAAUAUAUAUAUAAUGAAAUUUAAAUAUUUUACUA